AGAGGAGGAGGCUCGAGCUGCUGGAGGAGACCGUGAAAUGAAACGAGCCGCUGCUGCCGGAUAAUGUGUGUCAUAUCUGAGGAGUAAAGUUGUACACGGUGGCUGUGUGGUUAGCGGAGCUCUCGGCGUCUGGGAGCUGUCUGAGGUGAGUUAAAUCCAGCUGCCCACACCGACGACCAGCCUCCCUUUUCCUGGAUGUGAAGCAGCACCAGGCAGCGACGCUUCAACAUCAGGCCACUUGUGACCACCGCACCUCCAUUUCAGAAACUCUCAGCAGCCUCUAGCAACGAUGUAGACUUCUCAACGACUUGAUGAUGAUGAUGCAGGGCCGUGCAGGGAGGAGGAGCAUUGACUGACUCUCUCCUCCGUUACGCCACACCUUGCACUCUAUGUCCGUCCUGAUUGGGCGGCUGGAGUGCUAUGUCAUCAACCGCACACCCGUCGGCCCAACCCACUAAGAAGGGGAGGAAGCCGGAGAAAUCGGAGGUGAUGGCUGAUUCGGUGCAGGUCACCAAUGAGGAACUGAGGAGCAAACUCGUGGACAUUCAGUUUGAGCUCCAGCAGGAGCGUGGCAAGGUAUGUAAGCUCCGUGAGCGGCUCCAGGAGCAGCGGCAGGCUCGGGAGCUCGAGCAACACAAACAUGCCGUAGCACUCACAGACCUGCGUGCCAAACUCCAUGAAGAAAAACUACGUGAGAUCGCGGCUGCCCGUGAGACCCUGGCACGGCAGCAUGAGGCCGAGCUUGCCCGGGCCAUCAAGAUCCGGGAUACUGAGGUGCAGAGGCUCCAGGGGCUUGUAAAUGCACUGAGAGAUGGAGCAGCUGACAAACUCAAAAAUGCUCUUUUGGGAGAGGCUCGGGAGGAGGCCAGGAGAGCGUUUGAUGGGGAGAGACUAAAGCUACAGCAGGAAAUUCAGGAGCAGAAAAUGGCUAGGAAGCAGGCUGAGGAGGCACUGGGAAAUGCUCUCCAAGCUGAUAAAGCCAAAGCAGCUGAUCUCCGCACAGCCUACCAACAGCACCAGGAUGAGGUGCAUCGCAUUAAACGGGACUGUGAGAAAGACAUCCGCCGGCUGAUGGAUGAGUUGAAGGCAAAGGACCGGGUGGUGUGUGCUCUGGAAAGGGAGCUGGGGGUGCAGGCUGGCUAUGCCCAGAAGCUGCAGCUACAAAAGGAAGCCCUGGAUGAGCAGCUGGGUCAGGUACGAGAGGCUGAGAGACACAACCAUGGCAGCCCCAAGAGAGAAGUGGUGCCUGGGCUGGGGGAAAACUCAGACCUGCUCAACAACCAGUUUUUGUCUGCCUCCUCCUCCCCUCUCCCCCCUGCUCAACAGGAGGUGGAGGAGCGUGACAUGAGGAGGUUCCAGCUGAAGAUUGCGGAGCUCCACUCAGUCAUCAGGAAACUGGAGGACAGAAAUGCAUUGCUGGCCGAUGAGAGGAAUGAACUAUUGAAGCGGGUGCGAGAGGCAGAGAGCCAGAUGAAGCCCAUGUUUGAGAAGAACAAGCGGCUGUCCAAGAAAAAUGAUGACCUCCUGCAAACGCUGCAGCGCAUGGAGGAGAAACUCAAGAACCUGAGCCGUGAGAAUGCUGAAAUGAAGGAAAAAGCUUCCUCCUCUCGGCCGCCGUCACAGCAGCAAUCCCUUCAGCCCCAGUUGAAGCGACCGAGCUCCCUGAGCGACCUGAGCCACGCCCAUGAGGAACAGGAAGUGGAGUUCCUCAAGCUGCAGGUCGCUGAGCAACGUGGAAUAAUUGAUGAGCUCAUGCAGGAACGUGACCGAUUGGUGAUGAGCAAGAAGAACAGGAGGAAACCUCUCAAGUUGUCAAAAAGGCAUGUUGUGGAGACAUAUUUUGGAUUUGAUGAGGAGUCGAUAGACUCUGAGACCUCCUCUCUGACCUCCUAUAACACUGACCUCACUGACCGGACGCCUGCCACUCCAGAGGAGGAUUUGGAAGAGAGUGUUUCCCGUGAGGAGUCAGAGCUUCGUUUUCGUCAGCUCACCAGAGAGUACCAGGCUCUUCAGCGGGCCUACGCCCUCUUGCAAGAACAGACCGGGGGCUCACUAGAUGCUGAGAGAGAGGCCAGGACACGUGAGCAGCUACAAGUGGAACUCAACAGCUGCCAGGCCAAGAUUGUUGAUCUGGAGAAGGCCCUGGCCGAGAGGGGGCAGGAUUCAAAAUGGGUGGAGGAGAAGCAGUACUUGCUCAGGACCAACCAGGAACUACACGAGAAGAUGUGUGCGUUGCAGCAGACGGAGUCGCGGCUGCAGGCUGAGGUUCAGGAUGCUCGGGACCAGAAUGAGCUGCUGGAAUUCAGGGUGCUGGAACUGGAAGUAAGAGACUGUACCACCAUCAAACUGUCGCCAGGAAGCGACAACAACAGCCUCAGCUCCAGACGCAAGACCUACAUACAGUGACUCACCAGACAGACAUACAUACCCUUAUUCCCACUUAUUAGUUCUUCACUGUAUGCAUCUGUGUUUCCUUGUUUUGCAUGGCAGCUGUGUGCAUACCCCUUCACUGAACUGGAAUAUUUUUUUUAAUGAAUGAAUGUUGUUGUUAAAAUAAAUUUCAUUUUUACUUGAAUAAAAAUAUAUUU